AGAGCUGGAUUGUCGAUAUGCUAUUCCACCCUCCAGACAACCAGGCAUAUAUCUACAGGGGUGUGUCGUCCAAUUCGUAUGCAUGCCAUUCCUGAGCUGAGAAAGGUGGACAGAUGGACUGAGAAGAGGAGUAUGUUUGGGGUUUAUGACAACAUUGGAAUUCUAGGUGACUUCAAAGCCCAUCCCAAGGACCUGAUUGUGGCCCCUGUGUGGCUGAAGGGCUUUCGAGGCCACGAGCUCCAACGCCUCAUGAGAAAGAAGAAGAUGGUGGGAGACAGGAUGUUGACACUCGACAGACACAACAUGGAGAAGAGAAUCCGCUACCUUUACAAACACUUCAACCGUUACGGCAAACACCGCUAGUCUGAAACACACCAUGCAGACAUGGUCGACCAGAAAAUUGGCUUUCUGUCUGAUGAGUCAUCAGACUGAUGGUGGAAAUCCACAAUAUUGUUUUUUGUUAUUUAUGUAAUAUUGUGAUUGAUUUGUAAACAAAUUGACUCACAGAAAGACAGACUGAUAUUGUAUUGUCAAUAAAUUCUGUUCAAUUAUUAAAA